AUGCUGAUGCUGAGCUUCUUGAUUUCAACAAGGAAGUUGGACCUGAUGAACACGAUACCUUUCGCCUACCUACUGAAGAGGAGCUUGAAGAAGAAUCUCGUGGUCCACCACAUCUUUCUCUUCUACAGAGUGAAUCAAAGAGAAGCCAGCAGGAAAGAAUGUGUUGAACAGCUCCAAUCUGAUCUUGCUUCUUACUAUGGCUAUAACAGUUUUCUUAUUGGAGCUUUGUUCGAGUUGUUUCCUCCUGUUGAACUUAUAGAAAUUAUUGAAGCUUUUGAAAAGCAAAGGCCUACAUCUAUAAGCAAAGGCCUACAUCUUAUAGGACGGGAUCUUGCUGAUGUGCUUUUGAACAGAGGGGUCAAUCUAGACCAAUUAAGCAAGUGGUCAAAAGUUGGACUUGUUGUUUAUGAUUCACAAGUGCCAAUUGGUGCCACUCCUGAAUAUUUGGCUGCUUACUACAUGCUUCAAGGUGCUAGUUCGUUUUUGCCUGUGAUGGCCCUUUCCCCUAGAGAGAAUGAGCGGAUUGUGGAUGUAGCUGCUGCUCCAGGUGGUAAAACAACUUAUGUUGCUGCUCUAAUGAAAAAUACUGGCUUGAUAUUCGCGAACGAGAUGAAAGUACCUAGGCUCAAGUCGCUAACUGCCAAUCUGCAUCGCAUGGGGGUCACAAAUAUCGUAGUUUGUAACUAUGAUGGAAGAGAGCUACCCAAGGUGUUAGGUGAUAGAUCCGUUGAUAGAGUAUUGUUGGAUGCAUCCUGCAGUGGGAAUGGGGUUAUUUCGAAAGAUGAAUCAGUUAAAACUUCAAAAUCUUUGGAGGAUAUAAAGAGAUUUGCUCACUUGCAAAAGCAACUUUUACUAGCUGCUAUUGAUAUGGUAGAUGCCACUUCCAAAACGGGUGGAUAUAUAAUUUACUCAACAUGUUCACUUAUAGUUGCUGAGAACGAAGCCGUAAUUGACUAUGCCCUGAAAAAGAGGAAUGUUCAACUCGUUAAAACUGGACUCGAGUUUGGCCAAGACGGAUAUAGAAGCUUUAGAGAACACCGUUUUCAUCCAUCUCUAAAGCAGACUAAACGUUUUUAUCCUCAUGUACACAACAUGGACGGAUUCUUUGUGGCAAAGCUAAAGAAAAUGAGCAACAUGAAACAAUCGUCAAAGGAUGAUGACGAAAGGGUUUCAACCAGAUGGAGAAGCUUUCGCUUCCCAAUAAGCAACCGAAGGAAACUAAAGAAAACAAGGAGAGACUUGCAAAAUCAAAGGAGAAGAAGAAAGCCAAAAAAAGAUGGGAAAUCAAAAUCUAAAGAUGUUGAGAGGAAGCCUAAGAAGAAGAAGAGAUCUGAAUGGAAGAAGGAAAUUGCUCAAACCAGGGAAGAGAAAAGAAGAGCCAUGAGAGAGAAGUCGAAGGAGAAGCAAUGA